AUGGGAAACCCAGACCUUGCCUACAGUAACAAGAAUGCCGAGGCAGUAUCUAACCCUCCACCAUAUUCAUCUAUAACCGAACCCAUCGAUGAGCCACCGAGCUACCAACAACCGAGCGUAUCACACGGACUGUCCCGCGAUGUGUCUCCUAGAUCAGAGGAAAUGGUGGACAUUGAUGAAUGUGCCACCCACCUCAAGCUUUUAUCUGCGACCGCCAAACUUCGCAGCUCGAUUAGAGCAAAGGACAAACUCUUCGAAGUCCGCGAUAAUGAGGUCGGGGGCUUUUCAGACCCCCGCAAACAAGUGCAGGCAGCCGCUCGCAUUCAGGAAAAGAGAUGGGCUGUUUAUGUGGCCAGAGCUGUGGACCGAUUUACUGUUUGGUGGCAGACUUGCCUACCGAGUCUCAAUACCAGCCGCAUCUCAACGCUGAAUAGUUCACCUGAAGCCAUAAUAGCCUGGUCUGCUAAUAUUUUGCCUCCACUUGAUGUUAUCAUGGUCUGGCAUGCAUAUAUGCUUAACCCACGUGCCUUUCUCGAGGAUUGCUUGCGUCAAUCUAAAAUGAGCGUGUGGGCCACUGGGAUGCCAUGGGAUAUCAUAGACGCAUGCAUCGACAAUGAGACUCUAGUCUUCGACCCAGGCAGUGAAGCGAGGAUAAACUUCGAGACAAGAACUGGUCAUUCCUGGGAAAAUAUCCAUGAAAGUCCCAACAAAUCUCUGCGAUGCUUCCGUUGUAAACAUGAAGUUCUUGCUCCCUGGACGGACGGAUCAAUUGGAUGCGAUCCAGAUGUGGCUUUUGCACACUGCAUUGGAUAUGCAGACAAAUCAUUGCGGGUUUCAUGCCCAGCCUGCAAAUUCAUUAUCACACACGAUUCUCUUCGCGUACAAAAGUUCCGCAGUGAUGUGCAGAAGUUAUUGAAAGAUGGUUUGCCUAUGCCGGGCACGCUUUUGGCGCAGAAUGGCACUCCCGCCGACGAUGAAAAUGGCGACAACGUGUGCCUCCCAAACCGGCUUAUCAAGGAAGACAUCAGAAGCGAGCUCCUACUGCUUACAGACCCCACCGAGAAGGAAAGCACCAGCAUUGAGAUAAUCCGCGACCACAUCGAGGGAUUUUUAAAGAGUCGCUCAUUGUUGCGUCGCGUGAACAAGACAAUGUUGACUUCUGGGAAUUCGAGUAUGCCAGAGAGGAUAUCCUUUCGCAAUGUGCUCUCCAGGUAUUGGGACAACUCAUCCCCCUUCGCCAUCGACUUGAUCGGGGCAGUUAUACGCCAAGGAACGUUUGUGGACAAGAUGGACAAUAUCGGUUGGAUACGUUCGUCACGCUUGAGAUCCACCAUGGGUCACUUCAUCGGCAAGUACGGCGUGUUCUUCCAAAUAAUCACGAAGAAUAAAGGCCACGCUGUUGUCCCGACUCUCGAUAUUGACCUGAUUUGGCACACGCACCAACUUUCUCCUGCUCGCUAUUACGCCUUUUCUACUGCGCAGACAGACGGUAUAUUCAUCGACCACGACGACAAAAUCGACGAAAUAAAGCUCAAUGACGCCUUUGCAUGGACCUCAAAACAAUACCAAAAACUCUCUGGGGGCAAGAUAUACAGCGAAUGCAUUUGCUGGUAUUGCGAGGCGUUGCGGGAGUCCAACAAUCAGGGACUUGGCAGGUUGAUAUCGUCGUCCACCUUGCAAGCCAAAGCCAACGCUGCCCUCCUUCACGAUAGUGCCAGUAAUACCACCGACGGGGUUAAAGUCCAAGGGCCCCAUAUUUCGUCCCACAAUGCAGUUCGCAUCCUGGCCCAGGCUGAUCCAAAGGCAAUACAGACCAAGGCCGCCCAGCUUGAAUCAUGCUGGGAGAAAGCGCAACGGCGGUCACAUAAGCGCAGUGGCAGCAAAUGCGGCGGUGAAGACCCGUCAAGGAAGGCUUCCUACGGCCCCUAUGUGCGCGAUCCAGAAAUUCUUCGCGAAAUAUAUCCUUGUAAUCCAGCUUGUGUGAAUAUCACCGCGGGCGUGGUAGGCAACUGCAUUAGCGGAACACAGGGCAUUGGACUUGCACAAGGUGCAUGCGUGAGCGAUGCCAUGCCUGCCCAGACAAGAGGAAAAGGUAAAAGCUUCUGCGCUGGCAUAGCAGGCUGUGGCAUGAGCCUCUAG